AUGUUCUUAGAAUUUUUCAGGUAUAUCCGCGUUGUGGGCACUCAUAACUCGCAGUCGAAUCGAAUGUUCCACUUAGUGAGUUUGGAAGCAUUGAACUCAUCAGAUGAGUUUGCAAUCGACCCCAAGACUACUCUGCUGAUUCCUUCUACCAAUGUGGCCACCAUUGAAAACAAUGCGUUAGUCAUAGAAGGAGUAUCAAGGUGUAGAAACGCCCUCCUAAACGGGCAGAAUUCCGACUACGAUUGGGAUAAUGGUUACACGUGUCAUCAGCUGAAUAGUGGAGCCAUCACUAUUCAGUUGCCACAACCAUACCUGAUAAGUACAAUGAGGUAUCGUUUAUACUUGUUAUGA